CGUCUCAGCGUUUGCUGUUCUAUAAAUAAACAUUUACCACUUUGCGCUGAACCAAAGGUUACUAUAUAUUAACCCAAACAUACUCAGAUUAUCAACUCCAGAGUACAAUUCCCAGCUGGAUCCAAAACCCCUGUGAACUUUUCAACUUUGAAAUGGGGCUUUUACUAUACAUGCCCAUUUUUGAGUGCUACUCUCAGGGAGCUGUCAGUGAUCCAGUAGUGAGGCAAAUAUAUUGAUCGAUCGUGUCGGCUUCCUGCAACUGUCAAAGAACAGCCUAAUGGACAGUUAUCAGUUGUGUUCAGAGCCUGUUGUUUCACUUGACCUAUCUCUCUGCAGCUUUAAUUCUGCAGGCUGUGAUGAAUUACGGGCAGGCCAAGACUCGAAACGCCUAUCAACCGAAACCAGCAAUAAUGAAGUUUCAACCCAGAUGACAACAACAAGAUCAUCAGUCUUUACAAGAGCUUUCAAAUGCAAUUUCUGCCACCGAAAAUUCUGCAGCUCACAGGCUCUUGGGGGUCACCAGAACGCUCAUAAAAGGGAGCGAAUACUAGCCAAACGGACGAUGCAAAUGGCUGUUUUAUCAGAGAAAUUUCCCAACAUGGUUUAUCUGCCUCUGCGUGGCUCUACACCCAGAUCGCUGCAAAUCAAAGCAAUGAUGAAGCCACUAGAAUUGAAAACCAGCCCAGAAUUUGUGCCUGCUUUACUUAGCCGCUCAAGUUAUGCUUUCACGGGAAAUUCAAGCACAGGCUAUGCACAAACGACAACAUUUCUGCACCAGGGUGAGUCUGGACCAGAUCUUACAUUGAGGCUUUAAGAAGCUAAGAACUGAAGUUAUCAGAGUUUCGAUUUUGUUAGAUAAUAAACAGGUUGUAAUUUGAACAGAUAGUUUUUUUUUACAAUAAUGAUGUUUUGUUUUUUAGUAUUGAGUUGGAAUAUUGUCCGAAUUGGGUCAAGCCCAAACUAGCAAACUGUCAUCUUGUCAAAAUCCAGUUAGAUUCUAUUUUCUACCAUGAGCC